CAAUCCCCGCCUUGGCGCGCAGUCCGGAAUCCGAACGCACUCAGGGCGGCCGAGCUCGGGAUGGACGCGGCGGGGACGGGGGACGCGGAGGCCGAGAGGGUCCUGGCCGAGGUGGCAGACAUCCUGGAGCCCACAGGCCUGCAGGAGGAGAUGGAGCUGCCGGCCCGCAUCCUGGCGGAGUUCGAGAGGCAGAAUUCCCGGAAGAAGGACAAGCUGCUGUGCAGCCAGCUGCAGGUGGUGGACUUCCUGCAGAGUUUCCUGGCCCAGGAAGAUGCUGCCCAGGGCCUGGGCCCCUUGGCUUCAGAGGACUCCAGCAGACAGAAGGCGCUGGCAGCCAAGGAGCAAUGGAAGGAGCUGAAGACGUCAUACCAGGAGCACGUGGAGGCCAUACGGAGCGAGCUGACCCAGGCCCUGCCCCAGCUGGAGGAGGUCCGGAGGAAGGCCGCCGAGCUCCGAGAGGCCUGGCAGCAGCUGCAGGCCAAGAAGCAAGUAGCCGAGGAGAAACUCCGAGCGGCUCAACAGCAGUGGCAGCUGCAGCAGGAGAACCAUCUACGCAGGCUGGCACAGGCCUCUGCAGAGCUCAAGAAACGUCAGAAAGUGUCAGAGGAGCAGCUUGACCGGCUGUAUCAGGAGCUUGAACCCUUGGCACAGCAAACAAAGCGGGAGCAGCAGAGGCUGAAUAGGAACCAGAUCUACCUCCAGCUGCUGUGCACGCUGCACGGGAAGCCACUGGUCCUUGAGGCCAAGGCUGAGGACAGAGCCACUGCAGAAACUGCCCUUUCUCCUGUGUCUCGCUGAAGGAUGACUGAACUCUUGAGUACGGCUACACCCUGACUGGGAUUCAGCAAAACCUGAACUGACAGCUGAGAGGAACUAACAGGAAGACACCGAGUCCUCGAACCUAGAGCUAUCUCACGGAGAAGGACUUCCCGGAAAAUAGAUUCACUGGGAAUUUUAUGAGACUAGGAAGUAAUCUUGUAUUACAUCCAUGAUUUUUCAUCAUCUAAAUGAACAAAGGUUAAGUGACAGCAUU